AUGUCACUCUUCACCGCGCAACUGCACCCAGGACGGGCUCUGGGCUUUCUCGUUCUUGGAGCCUCUUUGCAUGAUGUCUUGACGCGACUGAAGGCCGAGCCGCAACGUUUUCCACAACUCCAUCUCGCCUACUCUCGAGAACUUCCCGUCGAGCAGCCCGUGACCCUAAGCCUUCCUGCCAACGGUAUACGCCUACGCUUCGACGGCCCCGAGCAGCGCUUGCGCCUGAUAGAGAUUGUCGACUUCACAAAGAAUCAUGUCACGUUUAAGGACCGCGAUCUUGUCAAGCCCGCAAACUCCCAGGGCCCGCCGUUGUCGCCUGUCCCCGGCGAGUCCACCUCCGGACCAACCUUCAGACAAAUCUACCACAGGUUGCUCGGACCGACAUACGGCGGAGAGUUCAUACCGCCAACCCCUGAUGCCCCCGACAACCUGGGAAACUACAUACUUUCCUACCCCGGAGUUGCCUUUACCUUCCGACUGGCCGAAUCGGCAUACUCCCCUACCAAGGAUGUCGUUUCGCUGCUGUCCUCGGCCCAGAGCCAGGUACCCACCUCCAUGGCUGUCUUCAGCGGCGAUUCUUGGGCUCAGGCCCGGGAGUGUCUUUGGACCGAGAUCCUGCCAAGCGUCAAGACGGUACCUGUUCUUCCAAGAGGGAAGGACGUGGUCCCCGACGAAAUAUCGCUCGUCAAGAUUCACGGGGGUGGAAAGCUCCAACUGUUUCGCAAGUGGACCAACUCUUCCAUCUGGAUCAUCCUUGGAGAGACCAGCCCCCAAGAACUGAUUGCGGAGCUUGGUCCCCCCAAUGCUACAUAUCGGAAGAACGAUCAGAGAAUGACGAUACACAAGCUUCGGACGGCCAGCCACAGCAGGGCUCGUUCAAACGGCGCUGAUCUGCAUCAGCCAGACGAUCUGACCGAUACCGAUCAGUCGUCUGCAAACACUGGCUCAGAUGACUCCAACGACGAAGCGGUAGAAGAAGACAUUGCCGGAAAUGUUUCUGGGGAGUGCUUCUACAAUUACUUCUACCUGGGCUUCGAUGUGCUGGUGUCAACACCUUCGCCGCCAUCGAGACCGCCGCCCGCUCAGCACGAAUCUCAGGUACCGCCGAGCAAGCCUAUCAAGUCGGAGUCUCCCGACCGCCUGGUUGCCACGAAGAUGGUUCUCCACGGCAACGUGCCUGGCUCGUAUGAGUUCAACAGGCACCGCCGUUGCCGCUGGGAAGUCAGCUAUCUUGACGACGGUUCCCCUGGCACGGCAGCAAACUCGGAGACGAAAUUCACAGACAUUAAGGAUAGACUGAACGAACGAUGGAACAGCGCGCACCCGGAAGGUGACUCCAGAGCUCCUCAAAGAGGCAUGGUUCUCAACCGGGGCUGGGGGGAUAGCCCCGGCAGCAGCUGCGAAUUCCUUGGAGGCUGGGAGGACAGCGGCGCCAAGAGACUCGAUGGCAGCGACGAUUCCACCACUACCCUAUUUGGGUUCCCCGGUCUUGUGUUUGAGGUGUUGAAGAACGAUCAUGUCAACACGGUGACCGUGUUUUAG